GAAGGAGGACAUAAAAAGCCGCCCUUCCACUUCCAAAGGGACCGUCAUUGCUGCUGACCGCCAUUGUUCCAUGACUUGGACAGCAGAAGCAGAGCAGAAAUCCCAGAGUCAGCCCCAGCUGGGGUGGGGAGGCCUUGAACCAUGAAGAAGCAAAGUUCAGCAGAGCUUGGCCAGGUGGCAGCAGGACGCCAGGAGAGCUGGUGGGGAAAGCUGGGCAGAGGAAGCCCCAUCCCAGGCCCACCAGAGAAGACAAGACGAGAAGAUCCCAGCAAUAAUACCUGAAAUUCAAAAUACCUGAAAAGGAACAGGUUCUGUUUAAUGAUGAAUGACCAAGCCAGAAACAGUCUAGCUUGCUGAACCGAUCUCUGUUGCAGUCGCUCGUGGGAAUUCUCCCUCCGUCCUUCAGGCGAUGAUGUUGCAGUAGCUAAAAGGUCCAGCAAAGGAGAAAGGAUGAGAAGGGAGGGCUGGCUGUGGACCAUGGGGCUUGCCAUGGUCCUGGCAGCUACCAACAUUGAGAGUUUCUCAAGCCCCGGGUGUGGUGGAUGCUCCAUGGAGAUGAGAAGUCACACCGUGUCCUACCUUGCCUCCCGUGUCCAGCCGGUCCACCAGCCCUACCUCACCCUGUGUCCGGGAAACAGGCUCUGCAGUACAUACAGAACUACAUAUAAAGUCAGCCAUCGCCAGGUUUAUCGGAAGAUUUCCCAGCCGGAAUACGUUUGCGGUCCUGAAUGGAAGCGGAGAAGUGCUUUCUCUUGGCUCCGAUGUCCCACAGCUGCUAUUUGCUGCCCACCAUGGCAACCCAGCCGGAAAUGUUCGCUCCCAAACGAUUGCGCCUGCCCUGGAUGGACCGGGAGGUGCUGCCAGACAGACGUAGACGAGUGUGCAACGGGGAAACACGGCUGCCGCCAGCUUUGCAUCAACACGGCCGGAAGUUACCGCUGCACUUGCCAUCCAGGGUACGAGCUCCAGGCGGAUGGACAAACUUGCCGGGCCCUGAAAGUGCCCCCCACCCCAGCUCCCCCAGGAAGUGACAGCCUUCCCGUUCCAGACGAAGUGAGAGAGCUGAGAAGCAGGUUGGCAGCUUUGGAAGAAAAGUUCCAGCUUGUUUUGGCACCGUUCCUCAAGCUGGACCUGCCUGGUGCCGGAGAGGGCCCUGCGGCAGAACCCAUCAGCCUGUUGGUCCACGUGAUCCAGCAACUGGACCGAAUAGAUUCGCUCAGCGAGCAGAUCUCUUUCCUGGAGGAGCGCCUGGAAACCUGUUCCUGCAAGAACCGGCUCUGAGGCUGAAGAAGGAUGGAGGUCCUUGGUGCUCCCCACAUCCCACUGUUUUUUUGGUGUGUCUCUCCGUUGAGUAGCAACUGAGCUCUGUUCCAGCAACCAAGCCAAGCAAUGGCAGUGGAGAGGAUUAAAAGGCUGGAAAUAUCACGUUCUCAGCAAGCCCCCCCCCCAGGAUGGGUCACUUCUCCAAACCCUGCUGGCCAGAGGUUGUGGGAGGGAGGGAGGGAGGGAGGGAGGGAAACAGGCAGCCUUCUUAGCAAAACAGUCCUUGAAACAGGAAGCAUCUUACUUGCUGAGUGGACAGAUUCGGGUGAGGUGGGCAGGUCUCACCUCCUCCCCAUCAUGAGGUACAAGAGCAGCAGUUUGGCAAAGGGGCCCCUUUGGCAAAGCUCAGAAGCUGCUCUUUUCCAGGCUGUCACCCAAAAUAUUUUGGCAAGGCGGGUGAGGAGGGUGGCGCUAAACCAGAGCCCCGUGUAAAUGCACCCCCCCCAAAGUGUCCUUGCUUCAUUUUCCAAUUGUAAAAAAAACUCCCACUGUGUUUCCCAUGUCCUCCCUUUUUAAGAAAGAAAUAGAACAGAAUUAUAGGGCUGGAGGGGAACCUUGGAGGUCUUCUGGUCCAAUCUCCUGGUCAAGCAGGAGUCUUUAUAGCAUUCCAGACAAAUGGCUGUCCAGUCUCUUCUUGAAAACCUUCAGUGAUGAAGCACCCACAACUUCUUGUGGCAAGCUGUUCCACUGGUUAAUUGUUCUCACUGUCAGGAAGAUUCUCCUUUCUAGGUUGGAUCUCUAAACAAGCUUCCACCCAGUUCUUCUUAUCCUGCCCUCUGGUGCCUUUAGAGCAGUAGUCCCCAAGCUUUUGGGCACCAGGGGCUGGUUCUGUGGAGAGAAGUUUUUCCACGGACCAGAAGAUUGUGGUUUUGUGUGCUGCCUGCAUCCCACGGAUGGGGGCUUCGCUGGUUUGCGUGGGCCAGUUUCUGGCAUGCCAUGGAUCGGUGCUGGUCCUUGGAUCUGGGAUUGGGGAUCCCUGCCUUAGAGAAUAAAUCAACCAGUGGUGGCAUUCAGCCGGUUCAGACUGGUUCGAGCGAAUCAGUAGUGGUGACCUGCAGGUGGGUGGGCCUGCCCACCCGCCCCGGGCACUAUACCAUCCUAUGUAGACACGUUUUCUAAGCCAUGUGCAUGUGUGCAAGCCACGUGUGCGAUCAAAGCACAUGCGUGGAAGGCUGUACGCAUAUGCAGAAGGUACGCACGCGUUUGUGGACGGUGCGUGCACCCACACAUUUUUGGUGUGUGGCGAACCGGUGGUAAAAUUAUGUGAAACCCCUCUGAAAUCAACCCCCACCCUUCUCUGGGACAGCCCCUCAAGUGCUGGAAGACAGCAAUCAUGUCACCUUUAAGCCUUCUCUUCAAUAGGCUUAGACACACCUAGCUCCCUCAACUGUCCAUCUUGUGAUUUAGACUCCAGAACCCGAAUUGUCUUUGUUGUUCUUCACUGCACUCUUUCUAAGGCAGUUUUCAGCACCGAGUGCCCAAACUGGAACACGUGCAUGCGCCAGAGUGCCGGAAACCCAAAGACCAGCUGGCUGGUGCGCGCAUACCUGUUUUUGGGCUGUUUUUUGGGCCUUUUUCAGGCCAUUUUUCCAGCUGUUUUCUGGGCCAUUUUUUUGGGCUGCUUUUCACCCUUUUUCAGGCCGUUUUUCAGAAACCAGAAGGGCAGCUGGCGACAGGCGCACAUGUCCACAGAGAAGGCUCUGUGUGCCACCUCUGGCAUGUGUGCCAUACGUUCACCAUCAGGUUCUAGAGUCUCAGAUUCUUUUUUUGUGUCGUGGUGACCAGAACUGGAUGCAGUAUUCCAAGCGUGGCCCUACUAAUUCAGUGUAAAGUGGUACUCUCACUUUCUGUGAUCUUAAAUCUUGUCCCUCUGUUGAAUGCAGCCGAGGUCUGUGUUGGCUUUUCUGGCUAUUGCAGCAGACUCCUGGCUCCUGUUUAAGGGGUGGUCUACUAAGACUCCUAACUCCCUCUCACUGUUACUGCUGUUGAGCCAGGAACCGCUUAUUCUAGACCUGUGCAUUUGGUUUUUCCUACCUAGGUACAGAACCUGAUUUCUCUCGCUGCUGAAUUACAUUUUAUUGGAUAGGGCCUGUCGAGAUUCUGCUAAAUCUUGACGCUCUCUUCCAAAGUGUUGACGUUUCCUGUCAGCUUGGUGGGGAUUUAUACUUUUUCUCCCGUGUCCUUUAUAAACAUAGUCCUGAUUCUAGUAAAGCAGUCAGAACUCACUAGCAGCAACGUCCCCUUCUAAAAUAGCUAAUACAGGUAAUCUUCCUCAACAGUCUUAAAGGGACCCAGACUCUGACUAUGUUCCACCUCAUGCAUUUUCAAAAUCUUUUCUUUGUGGCAUUAAUCCAAUCCCUGUUGAAUUUUCCCCUCAAAUAUUGAAACUGUCUACAAUGUGUUGGCCAUGGCGAAUUGGCCACAGCAAAUGGCCUGUGGCAAGUUCUCCCAUUCCCCUCAUGGUACUUUUUUUUUUUUUUUUGCAUUUAUAUCCCGCCCUUUUCCGAAGACUCAGGGCGGCUUACAUUGUGUUAAGCAAUAGUCUUCAUCCAUUUGUAUAUUAUAUACAAAGUCAACUUAUUGCCCCCAACAAUCUGGGUCCUCAUUUUACCUGCCUUAUAACGGAUGGAAGGCUGAGUCAACCUUGGGCCUGGUGGGACUUGAACCUGCAGUAAUUGCAAGCAGCUGCUGUUAAUAGCAGACUGUCUUAGCAGUCUGAGCCACCAGAGGCCCUACUUCACUGCUGCAGAGCUGUUCUCACAGUUAGACAGCCUAGCCAGGUACUUUUGUGUCAGGAGUCCACCGCUGCAUCACAGGGACCAGGUACCAGCAGCUAAAGCAGGAACUUGGGCUCUUAGUGCAUCAAAUUGCCUUGGCCUUUGCCGAGAUACCCGAGGCAGCAAAGAAAGCAAAGGGGACAAUCCUGAGUCCUUUCUCUUUCUUUUUACAACAGUGGAGUUGUUUUUGCUUUUCUUUUUUCUUGUUUGGAGCAUGCAUGUUUCCAGCCAUGUGCUGACCUCCACGGUGCUUCCCAGCACAUACCGAGCUGACGUCAUGAGCGUCAUUGCAAUAUUGUGCAUCGAAGAGCCCAAUGGGGCAAUGGUGGCUGGGAUUUGUGAAUGAGCUUGAACAGGGGUGUCAAACUCAAGGCCCGCAGGACGGAUCCGUCCCGUGGGAUGCUUAAAUCUGGCCUGCAAAUAUCAAAGGACUGGCCUGCGGUGGCUCUGCUGGCCAAAACGGGCCACAGUGGGGUGGUAGGCAGCCCCCUCUGGCUCAUUUUCAGCCUCCCCAGCUUCCUGCAGCACUCUGGGGCCUCCACCUUGACGCAACCCUCAAUGAAAUCGAGUUUGAUGCCCCUGAGCUAGAGCCACUUUGUAUGCGGAAAAGCUAUUGUAACCUGCAUGUAACCUCUUUAAGGAAAUUAAUAGAUCUUCCCAACAGUUGACCUCCCUGUUUCUCAUUUCUCAGUCAAAACAUGAUUGUGACCGAGGUUGGAUGGAAGCAAAAGGAAGCAAUUAGGAAUGGUGGGAACGAGGCUGAACAGCUGAUAAGGAAGGAAACAACUAGAAUAAAAGAAUGUUUGGGGUUUUGCUAAGUCUGCAAAAGUUUGAAUUGUUAUCAUAGAAAUAGCGCUGACGGGCUGGGGUGUUCCUGUCCUCUGCUUUCCAACAAAUCUGUUCUUGGCUAAAACACCUAACAAAGUGGGACUUUUAAUCUCAUUAAAAUGUGGAAAACUUAAAA